AUGUCUCGCGGUAAUAUGGAGGGAGAUAGUAGCGGCAACCAAGUACUCCCCUACCCCGUAAACUGUGAUCACAAGAUGCGCGUGACACUGCGACGUCACACGACGGGCGUUGUGACCUUUGGCGAUACAGGCGAUCUAUGCACGGAAACAGACGACGUCGACGUGGAUCUGGUGCAUCAAGACGCACUCAAGCAGCUUCUGCGUCAUGGUAGUGUAUUAUUUGCUGGAGGUGUGGCUGGUAGUGUUGGCAAGACAGUCACAGCACCGCUCAGCCGCCUCACGAUUCUCUUUCAAGUGCAUAGCAUGGUAUCCACGAGACACACUGAUCGGUUUUCACCCACUGUGAGCAGUGCCUUUACUAAAGUGCUUAAGAAUGAAGGUAUACUUGCCUUUUGGAAGGGUAAUGGCACCAGUGUAUUGCAUCGCUUUCCAUACUCGGCAGUGAACUUCUUUACGUUUGAGAUGAUCAAGAAUGGCAUCAUCGCGCAGAAACAUCCGACCUUUACCCAGCACUCGUGGACCACCAUGUUCGCAUCAGGCGCGGUGGCUGGUGCAACAGCGACAGUAGCGUGCUACCCAAUCGACCUCAUUCGAACGAGAUUGGCGACGCAGCUUAACACAGACAUACGCUACACAGGUAUUCGCCAUGCAGUGCAGCGCAUUAGUGCCGAGGAAGGAAUGAUGGGGCUCUACCGUGGCAUGGGCGCUACGCUCAUGGUCACAGUUCCCAAUCUGGCAAUUAAUUUUACGUUGUACGAAUCGCUGAAGGAGUAUGCGCGGUCGUUACGUCGAAGUCAGACACUUCCAGGACUGACACCCGUCGAAAGGGAACAGGCUGUGGAGAGGCAUAGCGAUAUGCAGCUGAGCGUUACCGAUACGCUUCUGUGCGGUGGUACGGCCGGCAUUGUCUCGUCAUUAGUGACGUUUCCCAUCGACGUGGUGCGCCGCCGCUUGCAAAUCUCGGCCAUCCACGCAGAGAAUGCAGGUAUACGGCCGACGGCCACGGGUAUUGCAACGGAUUUAAUUCGUACGCAGGGCGUGAGUGGAUUUUACCGCGGACUAACACCGGAGCUCAUGAAAGUUGUGCCAAUGGUAGGAAUUACGUUCGGUACCUUUGAGCGACUGAAGAAGGUGCUGACCAUGGAGGAUUAA